GCUACCGACCAAUCGACCUCGAUCUUCAAAUGUUUUCGAAUCUCCGGCGCUCAUCCACUUGCACCCCCUACAUCCAUGCUUGAUGCGGGAAUAUUAGUGGCGCCAUCGGGACGACGAUUUCAAAUUCUUGAUGACAACUCUAACCUCAUAAUCUUCAGUCAACGUGCAGAGGAAUGAAUGUGCCUCGUAGACGAUACGGUCACUGUUUCCAAACUUUGUGCGCUACGUGCUAAGUUUAACAUAUAAUUUGACACCGCGAAACCGCGAACCAAAGUUUACUUUGAUGUGGCACUAUACAAUGUAAGAAUGAUAAAUAUGCAACGGUCGUCGACAAAUGAAUUUCUUUGCACUAUCUGCCGACUGCCGACCUAUUCGAUAAGUGAACUUCAUCAGCAUCAAACAUAUUUCCACACUGCGGGGGAAUUGUCUCUAUCGAUAAUACGUCUCAUUCACGAUGAGUCUUUUCGGGGUGAAAUGGCAAAAGAAGAAAGUAUCUACUCUAUACCGCUCCAGACCACAUGGCAGAACUCUGGUAAUAAUGAGGGUAUGAACUUUGUUAGUGAACAUGGUGAAAAUGCAAUCUAUCCUAUCGAAGAUUUGGCGCAAUUGAUGCAGUGUGAAAGUGAUCCAAGGCAAAACUGCAUUUUUGAAAAUUCCAGACCAUUGGCUGAGCCACCCAGGGGAAACCCAUCUGAAGGCUCCCCAUCUUCUCUGGUACCUUCGAGCAACGGCAAAUUAACAUUACAAUGCAAUACAUCUACUGAUCUUACAGAGGCAGAUCUUUACAAUGUUGAAAAAAUAAGUGAUGAACUAUUUUUGAAAAGUAUUGAUGGGAUUUGCAAUGAUUUGAAAAAAUACAGAAAAUGCGCUAUGAUGAAAACAAGAAGUGUACUACCCCAGAUAAAGAGUUCGGCUAUUGUGGGGAAAAAAAAGUCUCAAAGUUCAGGUCCCAAAAAGUUUGGAACUACAAACUCGAUGGCAAUUUUCCCUAAACCUCCAGAUGUUGUUAGUCAAUCUCUGGAGAUAGAUACUAGUUCUGUGAAAGAGAAGCUGAAUAUGGAAACAACUCCUGAACAUCUCCCGCGAUUACAGCCUCUCCAAUAUUGUAUGCAGACAGAACAAAAGGUAGGAAACAAUGUUGAAACUGAUUUAACUUUACCUCCGGAACUUGAAAGAUUCGAUAAAGAUCUCAGCGAUGAGCGAGAUACAGUAUCAUUUGAUCAAGAAGAGACGAUAAAAGAUGAUGAGAAACCAUACGAGGAUAUGCCGCUUUUGGAGAUAGCAACACCAGUGUCUAAUAUCGAUAUAAAUGGUAAGACUUUGCCAUCGAAGGAUGCUUCCGUCAAUUCAAGUGAACUAGGUCAAGUGAUAACUGUAACUUUUUGGGGUCUUUGAAAACAGGAGGAAAUUGUUUUUAAUGAGAUUCAAACUUGACUUUUUUUUUCUACGUUUUCUUCUGUAUAUGCAUAGUCCAAAUUACGACUACAUUUGCUGAUUUUACAAACUUUGUUUUGUAAUCACUUUUACCCCCGACUUUCAGUAUUUGUUUUGUUCGUAUUUUUCUAACUUUUUUUAAUGAAAAAUAAUAGUGUCUACGAUGUGUUGUGUAUAAGUUGUGUGAUAAUGUUCGAUUUCAACUAAUUUUCCCGGAUUGUUCAUAAGAGAAAAAUAAUCUCCGUCCCCUGGUUCUGGCGUAAUUAUCGAUGAAAUAGAAAUAACAAGUCUGCAAAUGACUGUGUCAUUCUUGUAGCUAUUUAGGAAAUUACGUAUUUUAAAAGGAAAGAUGAAAAGUAAAGAGAAAAAGAAUUAUUUCCGUUAAAACUAUUUGCACGUAAUAUUUUUAAUCAUAGUAAUGGCAGCAACAUCAAAGACGAAUUGAAUAUGAAAAUAAAAGUAUACGUAUAACAAAUAACCGUGAAUCUCAUUAAGAAAAUGAUGAAAAUCAUAUUGAAAUGAAGUUGAAAAAUGUGAACUAAUAUGAUAACAUAAAUAGGUAUGUAUUUAGGAAUCCCUCUGCAUUAAUAUUAUUGAAACACUGAAUAUAUAAUUACAAUAUUUUGGGUA